AUGAGUGAGCUACAAAAUAUGGUCGCCACAUCAUUGGCAAUUAACGAUAGCCCCUCUGUCGUGCGCUACCCUCGUGGAGUUGGGGUGGGUCAUGCGAUUGCGAUUGGCAAGGGUCGCAUCAUUCGCAACAAAGCUCCAAGCCCGAAGGAGGGUUCAGUCGCAAUUCUCAGUCUAGGAACCAGGCUCUUGGAGAACGUGAAAGCAGCCGAAGCUUUGGAGGCGAACAACAUCCCUGUCACGGUCGCUGACGCUAGGUUUAUGAAGCCUUUAGAUCGAGAUCUGAUUCGUAAGCUUGUCAAUGACCAUGAAAUUAUCAUCACUGUGGAGGAAGGUUCGAUCGGUGGGUUCGGAGACCAUGUGGUACACUUUGCUGUGCUCGAGGGUAUGUUGGACGAUGGAAAGGUCAAGAUCCGCCCCAUGGUUCUACCAGAUCGAUACAUUGAUCAUGGCAGCCAAGGUGAGCAGUACGAAGAAGCUGGACUGAGUGCAUCCCACAUUGAGGCGACAGCAAUGAGACUGGUAGGAAGGUCUGCUACAGUGUUGACAAGUGCACGUGCCCUUGAUCUUAACCAGAUGCAAAAGUGA